AUGGAAAUCAAUAUCUUAAAUUGUCGUUAUUCUAAUAGAAGUUCCAACAAUGAAUAUGAUUUUCUUCUUUUCUUAAAAGAUGCUUCUUCCUUUUCUUUUCUAUUAGACCAGAACCAUUGGCUUGAUACGUUUGGUGAUGUAAACUAUACAUUUCCAUCUUCUCCUUCUAUUCCACCACAAUUAUCAUUGUUAUUUAAAAAUGUAGAUCUUCGUCUGGAUUUCAAUGAAUUUUCUCAAGAAAUUAAAACACGUUAUCCACAAGUUAAAAAUGUUAUUAGAUUAAAAAACAAAUUUAACAAUGAUAUUAAAUUAGUUAAACUUGAAUUAUCUUCUUCUACUUUACGUGAAGAAUUAUUAAUUAAAAGAAAAAUUACUGUUGGUUAUAUAGUCUAUGAUAUUGAUGAAUAUUUGGCGCCUGCAAAUAUUUUAAUCUGUUCUAAAUGCAUGGGUCUAGGUCACUUCAUGAAACAAUGUACCCAGGUCAAGAGUACUUGUCGUACGUGUGAUGAAUGUGCUGAUGAUUUAAAAUUACAUAUUUGCUCUAAAAUUGAAAAAUGUAUUCAUUGUGGACAAAGCCACAAGUCAAACUCUCUUAGAUGCCAAGUAGUAAAAUCGUUUAGAUCUGAAUUAACACGUAAACUAUUAUCUUCCAAUAAUCGUUCAUCCUCUUCCACCAUGAACACCUUAAACAACAUGAGCAACUCAAACUUCAAAUAUUUAAGUUCUGAUUUUCCACCAAUGCCUAUGCCUCAAUUUUUACCAACUAAUCCUAAUAAUACUAUGUUAAUUAAAUUAGAUGAUUUACUGGGAAAAAUAACAGAAGUAAAUAAUCAUCUUUCAAAUCUUGAAUUAAAUCUUUUAAUUGAACGACAUGAAAACUUAUUCAUGAAAUUAAUUGUUCCAAUGUUUGAAGAUCUAUUUGGUUUGAUUGCAUCACAAAAUCAGGACAAAAAAGGAAAUAUACUUGAUCCUGAUCUUAAACUUAAGCUUGAACGUUAUCUUAUUCAAAUGAAGAAAAUAAAAGAAGGUAAAUAUUCUAUCAACUAAUGUCUGUUUCUCCUUUUGCUCUUCCUUUUUUCUCAUGUGUUUCUCCUUCUAAACUUUCUAAACGUAAUUAUUUCCUAUGUAAAGCUAAAGAUUCUCUUUCUCAUUUCGAUUUCAAUCUUUUUUGCAAAAUCCUUGAGGAAUGGAAAAGUAGUCCAAAUCUCUAUUCCUGUUUCUCUCAAUGGGAGAGUUUUACUUCUGUCCGUGAUAAACCUUCUUCUUCUCCUUUUCAUGUUCUUCUAUUUAAUGUUCGUGGACUUGAUCUCAGAUGGCAAGAAGUUCUUCUUCUUAUUUCUUCAUUUGAAUUUGAUGCUCUUAUUCUUCUUGAAACCGGUGAUCUAGAUAUUUCAUUUCAUCAAAAAAUUUUCUAUAACUAUAGAUUUUUUUAUCAAAAAGUGGAAAACAAAAAUGGUGGUGUUUUAAUGCUUAUUAAAGAAGGUAUUUCGAUAAGUUGAGUUCCCUGUAAGUUACCUAAUGUUUGUGUAGUCGAUGUUAAAGGUGAAAAAGAUUUUAGAUUAAUUGGCGUGUAUGCAUCUGAUAGUAAAACUUGGUCAUGGGAUGAUCUCUCCCAUUUCUUAUCAAAGAAAUGUAUUUUCUAUGGUGAUUUUAAUGUUGACAUCAUGCAGGAUAGAAAAAAAGCUGAGGGUGGGUGUGGGUGUGGGGGUGGGGGUGUGGGUGUGGGUGGUGUGACGGUGUGGGUGUGGGUGUGGGGGGGAGGGGGUGGGAUGUGGGUGUGGGUGGGUGGGUGGGUGUGGGUGUAGGUAGGUGGGUGUGGGUGUGUAGUGUGGUUUUGAGUGAAGAGAAGACCUACACCCCCACCCCCACGUCCUCACCCACACCCACACCCACACCCACAUCCAUCCCCACCCCCACCCCCACCCACACCCAUACCCUUUUAUUUUACCAGAUAUCCGUUUUAUAAUGAAUAGGAAUAUUUCCACUCAUACGACGAACAUAUUUCAUAUUUGAUAAACAUAUUAAAUCACCAAAAUCACAUAUUUUAUUUGAUUAUAAUCAAUAUUAAUAAAAAGAUUUUCUAGUUAAAUAAAUAGAAUACAAGAAAAUCAAUUUUAUAUAUCUUACAAUGCAACAAUAAUAAUUGAAAAUGAAUUCGUUUCAAUAAAAUGAAAUACUCGAAUAAUUGAAUCAUGAUGUGUAGAUGAAAUAAGAGCAUACUCAUGUAAAGUACGUUCAUGUGAAAUAAGUUAUUUUGAUAUUAAUCUUGCAGCAUAUACAUCACUGGCUGAUAUAUGAAUACAUUGACGAACAAUUGAAUGACGUUCUCUAUUAUAAAGAAAAAAAAACAUGUAACAAAUGAAAAUAAAAUCUUUUGAAUAACAAAAUAAUAAUCUACCGAAUUUUGGAGACGAACGAACUUGUUCAAGUUUAUGAUGAUCGUUCGAAUCUAAAAGAAUUAAAUUAAACUAAAACUAGAAAAAAUAUCCUAUAAACAAUUCAAACGAAUUAAAACAUGAUGUAGGUGCUACGAAUAAUCGCAGAAAGAUUAUUUUAUCCUAUCUAUUUGAAACAUAUUUGUUCGCCAUACUUUUGCUUAAUCCUCC